AUGCCCAUUGACAUGAUUCAGUAUAUGGAAGAAUGUAAAGAGGUCAUGACCCAAGAUACUAUUGAUGCAACAGUACAGUCGGUUAAUGCCAGUCGUGAUGGUUCUAUAUCUUGGGUGGAUGCUGUGGUUGUGAAUCACUGCGUAAUCAAUGAGUCUAUUGGUAAUGAAGAUUCAAGUAUAACACCAUUCACCAAGAAUAAAAUUCGAGAAGCUCAGAAGGAAGAUCAAUCAAUCAGUAAUUCACUACAAAAAGAACAGCCUGAGACCUUCCCAAAUGCAACGUCAAGAUACCCUCAACAAAACCUCAAUAUGGAUUCAAUCAUUGAAAAGCUAAACAAGAUCAGAACUGAUACCACUGAACUCAAAGCGUCACAAGUCUUAGGAAAGAAUGAUGAGCUAAAGGAAAGAGUUGGUGGUCUGGAGCAAGAGGUACCUGACUUAAAUCAAUACCACAGCAGGGUUAACCUUGAAGUAAGUGGUAUUUCGGAAACACUCAAUGGAGAAGAGAAUACAGAUAGCACAGUUCUGAACAUAUUACAGAAAAUUGAACCAGAAAUAACAGCAAAUGAAAUAGAUAUAACUCAUCGCAUAGGUACAAGAAAAUCAGGAACCAUGGCGACCCGGAGUGAGGAGAGACAACAACCACGACCGAGGCAUAUCAUUGUAAGAUUUACCACCAGAAGACGACGUAACAGUAUAUAUGACAAAAGGCGCAAACUUAUAUCCACCAGAGAUUUGGGAUAUGAACAAAAUAACAAUAUAUACAUCAAUGAAAACUUAACUCCAGCUGGGCGAUCUCUAUUAGGCAAGACCAAUGCAGCAAAGAAACGGACAGGAUAUAAAUUUAUGUGGACUUACAAUGGGCGCAUUUAUGUGAAGAAGUCACCUGACCACAAUACAAUAAUUAUAAAUACAGAGCCGACAUCA